GCGGCGGGGCCAAGAUGGCGGCGCGGCGCGCAGCGGGGGCGGGGGGCGGCGGGACGCUGACCCCGCCCCCUGCUGCUGCCCGUCUGCGCCGGGCGGCGGAGGGAGAGCCGCGAACAUGGCGGCCGCGGCGCGCAGCUUCGGUUCCGAGCGGGAAGCCGAGCCGGCUAAGGAGGCGCGCGUCGUGGGCUCCGAGCUCGUGGACACGUACACGGUUUACAUCAUCCAAGUCACUGAUGGCAGCCAUGAGUGGACAGUCAAGCACCGCUAUAGUGACUUCCAUGACCUGCAUGAAAAGCUCGUUGCAGAAAGAAAGAUUGAUAAAAAUCUGCUUCCACCUAAAAAGAUAAUUGGGAAAAACUCAAGAAGCUUGGUGGAGAAGAGGGAGAAGGAUCUGGAGGUCUACCUCCAGAUGCUCCUGGCUGCCUUCCCUGGUGUGGCCCCCAGAGUGCUGGCCCACUUCUUGCAUUUUCACUUCUACGAGAUAAAUGGCAUCACUGCAGCACUGGCCGAAGAGCUCUUUGAAAAAGGAGAGCAGCUCCUGGGGGCCGGUGAAGUCUUUGCCAUCAGGCCCCUGCAGCUCUAUGCAGUCACCGAGCAACUGCUGCAGGGAAAGCCCACAUGCACCAGUGGAGACGCCAAGACCGACCUUGGACACAUCCUGGACUUCACCUGUCGCCUUAAGUACCUUAAGGUUUCUGGCACAGAAGGACCUUUUGGGACCAGCAACAUUCAGGAGCAGUUCCUGCCGUUUGAUCUGUCAAUAUUCAAGUCCCUUCAUCAGGUGGAGAUAAGUCAUUGUGAUGCCAAGCAUAUCCGAGGGCUGGUCACAUCAAAGCCUACAUUAGCCACAAUGAGCAUCCGCUUCUCAGCAACCUCGAUGAAGGAAGUCCUUGUUCCUGAAGCCUUGGAAUUUGAUGAGUGGGAGCCAGAAGGCACUGCCCUGGAAGGCCCUGUGACUGCUGUCAUCCCCACUUGGCAAGCACUGACUGCUCUCGAUCUGAGCCACAACAGCAUCUCUGAGAUCGACGAGUCUGUGAAACUGAUCCCAAAGAUUGAGUUCCUGGACCUGAGUCACAAUGGAUUGCUGGUUGUGGACAAUCUGCAGCACCUGUACAACCUUGUGCACCUGGACCUGUCCUACAACAAGCUCUGCUCUUUGGAAGGGGUUCACACCAAGCUGGGGAACAUCAAGACCCUGAACCUGGCAGGCAACCUCCUAGAGAGUUUGAGUGGCCUACACAAGCUCUACUCACUGGUCAAUCUGGAUCUCAGCAACAACAGAAUUGAACAGAUGGAGGAGGUCCGGAGCAUAGGCAGCCUCCCGUGCCUGGAGCACGUGGCUCUGCUGAACAACCCUCUGAGCAUCAUCCCUGACUACCGGACCAAGGUGCUUGCUCAGUUUGGAGACAGGGCCUCGGAGGUCUGUCUGGAUGACACAGUGACCACAGAAAAGGAGCUGGACACCGUGGAAGUGCUGAAAGCAAUUCAGAAAGCCAAGGAGGUCAAGUCCAAACUGAGCAACCUGGAGAAGAAGGUUGGUGAGGAUGCCCGGCUGUCGACCUCUGCCUGUGUCAGACCCGGCAGCUCCCCUCCCACCAUGGCUCCCACGUCUGCCUCCCUGCCCCAGCCCAUCCUCUCCAACCAAGGAAUCAUGUUCGUGCAGGAGGAGGCCCUGGCCAGCAGCCUCUCGUCCACCGACAGUCUGACUCCCGAGGACCGGCCCAUUGCCCGGGGAUGCUCUGAUUCCUUGGAGUCGAUCCCUGCAGGACAGGCGGCUUCUGACGAGUUAAGGGGUGUGCCAGGAGCUGUUGGCGGUGCAAGCCCAGAGCAUGCAGAGCCAGAGGUCCAGGUGGUACCCGGGUCUGGCCAGAUCAUCUUCCUGCCUUUUACCUGCAUUGGCUACACUGCCACCAACCAGGACUUCAUCCAGCGCCUGAGCACGCUGAUCCGGCAGGCCAUCGAGCGGCAGCUGCCCGCCUGGAUCGAGGCUGCCAACCAGCGGGAGGAGGGCCAGGGCGAACAAGGCGAGGAGGAUGACGAUGCAGACGAGGAAGAGGAUGUUGCUGAGAACCGCUACUUUGAGAUGGGGCCCCCGGACAUGGAGGAAGAGGAGGAAGGAGGCCAUGGGGAGGAGGAGGAGGAGGAGGAGGAGGCUGAGGAGGAGCGCCUGGCUCUAGAGUGGGCCCUGGGCGCAGACGAGGACUUCCUGCUGGAGCACAUCCGCAUCCUCAAGGUGCUGUGGUGCUUCCUGAUCCACGUGCAGGGCAGCAUCCGCCAGUUUGCCGCCUGCCUCGUGCUCACUGACUUCGGCAUUGCCGUCUUCGAGAUCCCCCACCAGGAGUCUCGGGGCAGCAGCCAGCACAUCCUCUCAUCCCUGCGCUUCGUCUUCUGCUUCCCGCACGGCGACCUCACCGAGUUCGGCUUCCUCAUGCCGGAGCUGUGCCUGGUGCUCAAGGUGCGACACAGCGAGAACACGCUCUUCAUCAUCUCGGACGCCGCCAACCUGCACGAGUUCCACGUGGACCUGCGCUCGUGCUUCGCGCCACAGCACAUGGCCAUGCUCUGCAGCCCCAUCCUCUACGGCAGUCACACCAGCCUGCAGGAGUUCCUGCGCCAGCUGCUCACCUUCUAUAAGGUGGCCGGCGGCUGCCAGGAGCGCAGCCAGGGCUGCUUCCCCGUCUACCUGGUCUACAGCGACAAGCGCAUGGUGCAGACGGCUGCCGGGGACUACUCGGGCAACAUCGAGUGGGCCAGCUGCACGCUCUGCUCAGCCGUGCGGCGCUCCUGCUGUGCGCCGUCUGAGGCUGUCAAGUCUGCCGCCAUCCCCUAUUGGCUACUGCUUACGCCUCAGCAUCUCAAUGUCAUCAAGGCUGACUUCAACCCCAUGCCCAACCGUGGCACCCACAACUGUCGCAAUCGCAACAGCUUCAAGCUCAGUCGUGUGCCCCUCUCCACCGUGCUGCUAGACCCCACACGCAGCUGCACCCAGCCUCGGGGCGCCUUUGCUGAUGGCCACGUGCUCGAGCUGCUCGUGGGCUACCGCUUUGUCACUGCCAUCUUCGUCCUGCCCCAUGAGAAGUUCCACUUCCUGCGCAUCUACAACCAGCUGCGGGCCUCACUGCAGGACCUGAAGACCGUGGUCAUCGCCAAGACCCCUGCAACUGGGGCCAGCCCCCAGAGUCCCCUCACAGAUGGCCAGCCUGCCAAAGGCAGGGCCAGAUGCAGCAAUGACCAGCAUCCCCAGGAGGCCCCAGCAGAGGCUCCAGCUCCAGCCCCAGCAGAGGUUCCAGGUCCAGCCCUGGCAGCAGCCUCUGCCCCAAGCCCAGCAAAGACUCCGGCUCCGACAGAUGCCCCAGGUCCAGCCCCAGCCGAGACCUCAGUUCCAGCUUCGGUCCCAGAAGAGGCCCCAGUGGAGACCACAGCCCCAGCUUCAGCCCUAGCUGAGGCCCCGGCACAAGUUGAGGUCCCGGCGCAAGUUGAGGUCCCCACCCAGUAUCCAAGCGAGCACCUGAUCCAGUCCGCCUCGGAGGAGAAUCAGAUCCCCUCGCACCUGCCUGCCUGCCCGUCCCUCCGGCACAUCGCCAGCCUGCGUGGGAGCGCCAUCAUCGAGCUCUUCCACAGCAGCAUUGCCGAGGUCGAAAACGAGGAACUGAGGCACCUCAUGUGGUCCUCAGUGGUGUUCUACCAGACGCCAGGGCUGGAGGUGACUGCCUGCGUGUUGCUCUCCACCAAGGCUGUGUACUUUGUGCUACACGACGGCCUCCGCCGCUACUUCUCAGAGCCGCUGCAGGAUUUCUGGCAUCAGAAAAACACCGACUACAAUAACAGUCCCUUCCACAUCUCCCAGUGUUUUGUUCUGAAACUCAGCGACCUGCAGUCAGUCAACGUUGGGCUUUUUGACCAGUAUUUCCGGCUGACGGGCUCCUCCCCGGUACAGGUGGUCACAUGCCUGACGCGUGACAGCUACCUGACGCACUGCUUCCUCCAGCACCUCAUGGUUGUGCUUUCCUCGCUGGAACGCACACCCUCGCCUGAGCCUGUUGACAAGGACUUCUACUCUGAGUUUGGGAACAAGACCACAGGAAAGAUGGAGAACUACGAGCUGAUCCACUCAAGCCGUGUCAAGUUCACCUACCCUAGUGAGGAGGAGAUUGGGGACCUGACCUUCACUGUGGCCCAGAGGUUGGCUGACCCAGAGAAGGCCCCAGCCCUCAACAUCCUGCUGUACGUGCAAGCCUUCCAGGUGGGCAUGCCACCGCCUGGGCGCUGCCGGGGCCCGCUGCGCCCCAAGACACUGCUGCUCACCAGCGCCGAGAUCUUUCUCCUGGACGAGGACUACGUCCACUACCCGCUGCCCGAGUUCGCCAAAGAGCCUCCACAGAGAGACAGGUACCGGCUGGACGAUGGCCGCCGUGUCCGAGACCUGGACCGAGUGCUCAUGGGCUACCAGCCCUACCCGCAGGCCCUCACCCUCGUCUUUGAUGACGUGCAGGGUCACGACCUCAUGGGCAAUGUCACCCUGGACCACUUUGGGGAGGUGCCAGGUGGCCCAGCCGGGGCUGGCCAGGGCUGUGAGAUCCAGUGGCAGGUAUUUGUCCCCAGCGCUGAGAGCCGAGAGAAGCUCAUCUCGCUGCUGGCCCGCCAGUGGGAGGCGCUGUGCGGCCGCGAGCUACCUGUGGAGCUCACCGGCUAGCCCGGCCCGGCCAGCCCUCGCCACCUGCCACCUGCGGCCUGGCGCCAGCAGCGGCAGGGAAGCGUGCUUUUUUGUUCUCUAAAAAAUGUUUUCUCCUCCCUUUUGGUACCUUGAUUUGACUGUACCCACAGAAUGUGAAGGUGUGUGUGCAGUUAAUCCUAACGCCAGGCCCUUCCAGGGCCAUGUGUGCGUGUGCCGGCCGCUCCCGGGGUGUGUCGCCUGCCCUGGCAUAGCGUGGCUGAGUACACCAGUGUUGUGUCUUUUGUCGUGGGACCGUCGUUAGCACGUGGCGCUGUAGGUCUGAUUUACUCUUUUACACGUUCUCCUGAAGUGUCCAGUCCAGUCCUUUGUUGCUGUCGCUGUCGUUGUGGGUAUUUUGCUGCUAAUCACAAAGCUGGUGGCAGAGUGCACAUCGGAAGCUCCCGCCCCUGUGCUGUUUCAGAGUGGAGACCUCCCCUGGUCCAGACGAGUGGGAAAGCCCCCCAGGGACAGGAACCCCCCAGCCUUGGGCCAGGAGGGGUGGGAGCAGGGGACCUAGAGCUGCCAGCACCAGAUGUGAUCCCUGUUGCCUAUAUUCUCCCUCCCAAUAAAGCAGAGUUUGAGACAGUC